AUGGCGCAUUCGUCCCCGGGUAAAGAACACCCGUAUUUCCAUCUGAUUGACACAAUAAAAGAUGGAACCGUCAAGUUCUUCAACCCACAGAAACUAAACGAUGUUAGAUAUGACAAGCUGCCUCUGUCUAUCCGUGUCUUACUGGAGUCUGCGAUCAGAAACUGUGAUGGAUUUUACACAAAAGAGGAGGAUGUGAAGAACAUUCUGGACUGGCAACAGCAGCAGAGCAGAGCAGAGGUGCCCUUUUCUCCAGCCCGAGUCCUGCUGCAGGAUUUCACUGGUAUUCCGGCCAUGGUGGAUCUGGCGGCCAUGAGAGAUGCUGUGGCAAAACACGGUGUGGACCCAAGCCUUGUGAACCCCAAAUGUCACACAGACCUUAUUGUGGACCACUCCUUACAAAUCGACUUUAGCAAAUGUACCAUUCAGAAUGCUCCAAAUCCUGGUGGAGGGGACGGCUCCGCUCGUGGCUCCAGACCUCAGCAUCAGUCCGGAUCUCAGUGUGGGGGACAGAGAGGCUCGUGUGUGAAGGCUUUAUGCAGUGACCCCUCCUUCUCCCGCGGAGCUCCUCCAGUCUCCGUACAGCAGAUUGAGAACACGCCGCUCCUCUGCCCAUUCCACCUCAAGCCGGUGUCUGAACCUGAAACUGCAGUGAAAAAUCAGGAAAUGGAGCUAUCCAGAAACAAAGAGAGGCUACAGUUUUUUAAGUGGUGCUCAAAGGCCUUUAAGAACGUGAAUGUGGUUCCUCCAGACGUGGGCGCUGUGCAUCAGGUGAACCUGGAGUUUCUGUCCCGUGUCGUGCAGCUCGAAGACGGCUUCAUGUUUCCCGAUAGCGUGGUGGGAACAGACUCUCACACCACCAUGAUCAACGGACUAGGCAUCCUCGGCUGGGGUGUUGGGGGGAUCGAGUCUGAGGCGGUGAUGUUGGGGCAGCCCGUGGCCCUCACUCUACCCCGGGUCGUGGGUUGUAAACUGGAGGGCUCUAUCCACCCACUGGCUACCUCCAUAGACAUCGUUCUGGGCAUCACUAAGCACUUGCGUCAGGCUGGGAUUGACGGGAAGUUUGUGGAGUUCUUUGGACCCGGAGUCAGUCAGCUCUCUGUUCCCGACCGCACAACGAUUGCAAAUAUGUGCCCAGAAUACCAGGCCACCGUGAGCUACUUCCCCAUCGACCACGUCACCAUCAAGCACUUUACAAAAACACACUUUAGCCCAGAGAAACUUGAAUUACUGGAGUCUUACUUGAACGCAAUGAAACUUUUUAGAAGUUACGAAGACUCGUCACAAGACCCGGAGUAUUCAGAGGUCAUUGAGAUUAACCUGAGCUCCAUGGUCCCGUAUGUGAGCGGACCAAAGCGACCGCAGGACCGCGUCACAGUUAGUAACAUGAAGGCCGACUUCCAGAGCUGCCUCAACGAAAAGGUUGGUUUUAAGGGCUUUCAUGUGUCAAAGGACAAGCAGCAGACCACAGUCCCCUUCACUCACUGUGGGCAGGAGUACAGCCUGCGUCACGGCUCCGUGGUCAUCGCCGCCGUCAUCAGCUGCACCAACAACUGCAACCCCUCUGUCAUGCUCACUGCAGGUCUAAUUGCCAAAAAGGCCGUGCAGGUGGGGCUUGUGGUAAAGCCGUACAUUCGCACCAGUUUGGCUCCUGGCAGCGGGAUGGUCACGCACUACCUCAACACCAGCGGAGUCCUGCCAUACUUCAACCAGCUCGGAUUUGAUGUCAUUGGUUACGGUUGUGCCACGUGCGUCGGAAACACGGCUCCUUUACCAGAAGCUGUGGUAGACGCCAUCAAACAGGGUGAGCUGGUGGCCUGUGGAGUGUUGUCAGGAAACAGACACUUUGAAGGACGUCUCUGUGACUGCGUGCGGGCAAACUACCUGGCCUCGCCGCCGCUUGUUGUGGCCUACGCCAUUGCCGGCACGGUGGGAAUCGACUUUGAGAAGGAACCUCUGGGUGUGACGUCUGGAGGAACUGAGGUUUAUCUCCGGGACAUUUGGCCGACGAGAGAGGAGGUGCAGCAGACUGAAGAGGAUACGGUCAUUUCCUCCAUUUUCACAGAGCUCCAAGGAAGAAUGCAGAAAGGGAAUGCUUUUUGGAACCAGAUUGACUGCUCGGACUCGAUGCUGUUCCCCUGGGAUCACAAGUCCACGUACAUCCGCGCUCCGCCUUUCUUUAGUAAAUUAAGUAAGGAUUGGCCACAGCCGUUGUCCAUAGAACACGCUCACGUCUUGCUGUUUCUCGGUGAUAAUGUGACAACAGACCACAUCUCUCCAGCGGGAAGCAUCUCCAGAACCAGCGCAGCCGCCAAGUAUCUACAGUGCAAACGACUGACUCCUCGAGACUUUAACUCGUACGGCGCUCGACGAGGAAACGAUGCAGUGAUGACGAGAGGAACUUUCGCCAGCACCAAACUCCAUAACCGCCUGAUGGGGAAAACCGGCCCUAAAACUCUGCACGUGCCAUCUGGACAAACGAUGGAUGUGUUCGAGGCAGCAGAGCGUUAUCAGAGAGACGGCGUUCCUCUGGUGAUUUUAGCCGGAAAAGACUACGGCUCUGGGAACUCCAGGGAUUGGGUCGCCAAAGGACCGUAUCUUAUGGGCGUGCGAGCUGUGAUUGCCCAGAGCUUUGAGAAGCUUCACCGCAGACAGCUGCUGGGGAUGGGCAUUGCCCCGCUGAGGUUCGAGUUCGGGGAAAACGCAGACGUCCUAGAGCUCAGCGGGAAAGAGACCAUCAGUGUGGAGCUGCCAGAAGAGCUGUGCCCAAACCAGCAAGUGACCGUCCAGACGAGCGACGGGAGAAGUUUCCGUGUCACAGCGCUUUUCAAAGACGCCGCAGACGUCGCCUGCUUCAAACACGGAGGACUCCUCAAAUCCGUAGCUCGGACGUUUCUAUCAAAUCACACAUAA